AUAACACUAUUUCUGACAAUAUUAUCAUCAUAUCCGGUGAAUAUUAGCGCCAUAUUGCGGCAAAAUUCACCCGGAAGGCCAUUAUCAUCCUUUCCGCAAUGCGGAAAUUAUAUGUUUGAUGUUGAAACCGCUGGACGAGUUAAUACAAACGAUUUCAAUCCUAUUUUACGAUCCUAUGGACAAUUCGGCUCUUCCGGUUUUAAAAUACGAUUCAACAGGAAUGCAUUCAAUUAUGCCAGUUUAGUAAUUGCACAAAUGCUAAAUCAAGAGAUACGGAACGCUCGAAUACCAUCAUUCACUCAAUGCAUUCCGGAAGUUAAUGGAUGUGCAUUUCUUACAAAUAUAUUGAUAACAAAUUAUCGAUGUGCUCAACAUGUCACAUUAUUUCCAGUGUCACAUAAUGAAAUUGCACUCAGUAUACAAAAUUUUGAUUUAAGUUUGAGCGGACAACUUGGCGGACAAGUUAUUGUCUUAUUGCCAUUACCACUUUGUGGAACAUUAUGUAUUGAUGCUCGACAGAUAUCGGUUUCAUUACAAAUAGCAAUUGAACGAAAUCCGUAUAAUGGUGCGGCAUAUGUUCGUAUGACAAAAUGUUCGUUGACACUUGGAUACUUAAAUAUGCAUAUUGUUAAUGGUGGUCUAAUUGGUGAAGUUAUCAAUAAUAAUUUUCGGAGUAAAAUUAUAUCACAAGCAUAUGCAACAUUGCCGGGGAAAUUUUGCAGUAUGAUACCAUCAUUACUUGAUCAACAUGUUAAUUCACGAUUAAUUAAUAUACCACAAAUGAUUCCAAUUACACAAAUGAUUUCAUAUGCUUCUUUCCUGAUCAAUAAACCGAAAAAGUUACCGGAAUAUACCUUUAGAUAUAUAUGA